CUCCUGCGAUGCUACACGGCGAAUGAACAACAUCGUGGGAGUUCGUAGUAACUCGGUUCAGUGUGUUUUAGUGCUUAAAGUGAUUGUCCGUUCAGAAUGCAGCCCUCUAAGUUUGUGGUGAAGUGUGGAAAAUUUGCUGUCCUUGUAGAUCUUCACAUUCUACCUCUAGGUAGCCAAGGAAACAGCAGCUGGUUCUCUCAAGAACACAGAGAGGAAGUGGGUGCUCUGAUAAGAGAUGCUAUAGAACAGAGGGUGAGGCGAUUUCCUGAAGCCAGACAGGGGCUAUCCAAACAUACAAAAGAGCUCUCACCUGACAACCCUUUGUGCCUUAAAGGGUGGACCCUUCGAUUGGCAGCCUACUUCAUGAAGCGGCAUGUCAAUCUCCGAUGCAUUAUUAAAAAACACAGCCAAGAACUCCGUGUUUUUCCAGAGAGAUUUGUCGUGUGUGUGAGCCUUCUAGAGUGCGCCAUGGCCCAUACUGGAAAUGUAAACCAGGAUGUGAUGGUACAGAGUGGACAAAACAAGUCAGAGUAUUUUUCUGGCCCAGGAGAAACUCUAUACCUAUUUAACAGCUCCGCAGUAACUAAGAAGGCUGCCCUUCAAAAGAUAGCCAAAGGCAAACAGGCCAAAGCCCACCCUCAACCAGAAUCUGAACAUAAUCUUCAGACCCUGGACCAAGACCAGUGCCAAGGAGCCAUGUUAAACCAGCCACCAUCAUCUGAUAUAGCGGAGGGGGCCCUUAAAGAGGAAUCCUUGUCUCUAUCUGAGUCAUUAGUUCCUACUCAGGAUGGUGCCAUGAAAGUGUCCAUGCAGGGAGCUCAUGAGGGAGGUGAAUUGAGUGCUACAGUGCUACUAGUUUCUAAGGUAAGUGGUAGUGGCAAUCAUGUUGAAAAUGACAAACAAAACUGGAAAACCAAGGAAUGCCCAGAGCAGCAUGACGGAGAUCGGUCUUCCCAGUACAACACAUGGGACAGUGAGAAAACUGAUAGGAGGAGAGGAUUGAUCCCAAGAAGCCCCAGGGAUGACUUUGACCAUCAGAAGCCAAAAAUAGUGUGUCUCAGGGAGCCCUCAAAUGGGGCUGGAACCUACAGUAAUUCCACCAUAGCCACCUCCCUGAAUUCCAGGACGGGCCCCUCUUCCAGUCAUCCUGCUGCUACUCAAACUGAGCGCAUGUUGGAAGAGGAGCUGCUUACACAUGGAAAACAAGCUCUUAGUCUCCCCCUCAGUAAUGGCACCGCCAAACAGACUAACCAAAGCAGACAGGCCACAAGUCUGAGAGGCCUAUCUGUCAAGGAUGUAUCCUCUGGCUCUUCUAUUAGCUCCAGAUUGGCUGCCAAAGCAGAGGAGAGGGAGAAUGCACCCAGAAUAUCCCGAUUACGCCGGCUCAAGAAGUUCUAAGGGGGACAGCAGCAGAGAACAGGGGAAGAUCCUUGAUGCCACCGACAAACAUAUUACUGUUUGUACUCCUACUUUAAUUUUGUCUGUCAGCAGUGGUCUCACAUGCACACAAAUGUGCAUAGGCACACACUUUCAUUCAAACAUGAAUCUUUUUGGAAACAAACUUAUCACCCAUGCCUUAAUGUGAAAAUCUAUGCAGACAUGUAGAACCACACAAACUCCCCUAGUAUAUAGGUUUUGUAUGAUUACUAAUGUCUAUGGGUUAAGCAUGCAAACAUUAAGGUUCCCCUGUGACAGUUUCAUCCAAUUAAGACAAAACAGUACUUUAAGCAAAAACAUGCAGUAGGCCCUCAGAACAAGUUUUAUGCUCAAGAUUUGAACUUCAGACUUGUAGGAGCCAUCAAUAACAUCAUGGCUUGAAGUGCAAAUUUCUGGCUCCAAUCCAUCUGAAGUAUCACAUCAUCCAGCAUUAGCUGAGCACAUGAUUGGGUGCUCUUUCUGUUAUCAUAUAUAUUCAUAGACCUUACAUGAUCUGGGAUUGUACUUUUGGAGUCAGCUAUCUCUCUCUGGUUAUAAUUUGUAAAUCAGUUAUUUUUUUUUACUACAGACAAAACCUGUUGCAAAAGGAAUGCAAGCAAGAUAGUUCACAGUAUUAUGGAACAAUUCAUUGCUCACAUCACUGUCAAAUGUCUGGCUGAGUGGUAUAUACAUUUAUCUGGGUGUUUGGUGGUCAUGGCUGAUUGUUUCUUAAAUUAAUCUACAAAAGCCCAUACCCUCAUUAGCUGUGACAGCUUUCCUCAUUAUAUGAACAGGAUAUCUUUAUUCAUUAUUAAUGUUUUAAAAAAAUGCAAACAAAAUAAAUGUUUUAUGUUAAUGUACAUUUGGUAUGGCUGAUUGCUGCAGCACAUCAGAACUGUCAGAAUAUGUCUAAAAAAAAAAGGAUAUAGUAAUGCUUUAUAGUAAACUUUGUAAUAACAUUACACUGUCAUAAUAUGUAAUGGGGAAAUGUAUAAAAAUACUGCUUUUGUAUGAUCAAACUCUUUGUAAGGCAUAGUUAGCUAUGUGAGGGAUUAUGACCUCAUUUUGUUUUGAUAUUAUGUAGCAAAAAAAAAAAUCUAUUUCAUUUUAAAUAACUACAAAUUAUACCACCACUGCCACUGAGUGAGGCUACAAACCUAAUGGAAGCAAUAGACAUAAUUUAAAUGACUUCAUGCUCAAUUUAAAGUUAUUUUACAACC